AGGCCGCUUGUCCACGAUCAGAAUAUUCGCCGUUCGCUGUUCCGGUGAACUUGCCGGAUAGGUGGUUAUACAUUAUAUUAUAUUCAUGUGUGUCCACGAGCCGGCACGUUUUUUUCGCCGGAUACAGUACCGUUUGCACUACCGGAUUCCCACUGUAGAGACGGCAGCCGGACGGCGCGCCGUGAUGCAGUUAGACAUGUAUCAACGUGUAGGUUUGUAAACAAACCGUCAGAUUCACCGUGUGGUCGAUCAGCGGGCAGCGGCGUGCUACCCGAUAAUGCGAUAACAUAGUCAGUUAUAUUUCGAUGCUUGAGGAGAGUGGUGCCGUGCGUGAUAAAAUGAGCUAAGAAGUAAAUAUUGACUCUGAGCUACUUAUAACUCUAGUCCAGGAAAGGCCAGUCUUAUGGGAUAAAACUGUAGAUGAAUAUAAAGACAAACGAUUGACUUUGGAAAGUUGGGAGGAAGUAUGCAGGCAAAUGAAAGAAGAUUUUGACUCUCUACCAGAUAAAGAUAGAAACGACAUUGGGAAAAUGGUAAUGAAAAAAUGGGCAAACAUAAGAGACAAUUGGAUGAAAUGCCAUAAAAAACUAAACGAGGAGAAAAAAUCUGGUGCUGGGGCGAAGAAAGUACGCAAAUAUUUGUUUUACGAAGAGCUACGAUUCCUUCAAAAACUUGCAGAUCACCGAGUGACUUUUCAAAUAUUUCCGAAAAUGAUGACCAGUCUAAUACCGAAGCUUUCAAUGCCCAAACUGAUGCUGCCAUUGCGAUAGCCGAAACGCAAAAUCUGCCACGAGCAGAAAAAAAUAUUUGCACAAAAAAAAAAUCCAAAAGCAAAGUAGGCUCUAAUGAUCUAGACGAGAAAAUGAGGAAGGUUAUCGAUGCUUCACUGGAACAGAACCAAACCCGAAUGAUGUCUUUUUUUCGGGGUAUUGCCCCAACAGUAGAAACAUUUUCUGAUGAAGAUAUCGUCACAUUUCAGUAUGAAGUGAUGAAAAUAAUUAAAAAUAUUACAUGCAAAAAACAAAGUAGUCAACAUUUUACACAACAAUCCGAAAGUUUGUUCCAUGAAUUACAUUCACCGCGUUAUGAAUUGCAAACCACAGCAGGUCCUUCAUCAACAACAGACUCAUGGAGAAAUUCAGAUCAGUAUAAUCAAAGUUACUCUACAACACACAAUUCGCAACAGACAACGAACAUCAAUAAUUCUUCGGUCUGUGAACAGAUGUAUUCACAGACCUAUACUAGCCCACAAUCUAGUUGUUCCAAUGAUACAGUUUAUGAUUUUGCUACUUAAUAUGGUUUUCCGUUACAGGUUUUUUUAAUUAGCUCAAUGUUAAUUUGUGUUAUUACCUGUAGACAGAAUAUUUUUUUUUAUUUUGUUUGUGACAUUGUCAAUUGGUUUUUUAAUAAAGACCUAGAAAAUAUAAUAACUUAACACUUUGGACCUAUACAAUAAAAAAUGUUAAAAAAUCAUCUAGAAGUGAAAGGUAAAAUAAGAACUCACCUAACAGUAACAGCCAGUCUUUCAGCGGGAGAAAUGCAGUUCUUCAUAUUGGUAUCUUCAUGUGUCAAAUGAUUCCUUAGAAUCCUUAAUAAUUUAUCAAACGAUUCCCUUGACAUUCGAAAAAAGUUGGAAAACUUUUCUUCGUCUUCUCUAAGCUUUUCCAAUAAUGUAUUAAAAGUUCCAAAUUUAAAUCUAUCUUGCAGGAAUGGCUGCACCCAGUAUCUUCUACGCCUUCGCUGUCUUUUUUUGUAAAAAUAAUAUAACGCAAUGACAGUACAUACAUCGUCCAUUCUGAUAAAUCAAACGUACUUCACUGUAGGCUUCAGUAAACUGACGUCUCCGUGACCAAAGCCAGACUUAUUUUCUACCGUCCGGUAAAUUUACCAUGCCGGCCCAAAUUCGUG